GCAGUUGUGGGUUUAUCUCCCUGUGAGCCCUUAUCUCCUCCCUCUCUGUUUCCCAUAUAAACCCUCCACUACUUUCAGCCGCACUAAGUCUUUUCAGUGGCCUGCUCACAAGAUAUUUUUAAUUUCUUACUCAUUUUCUUGGACUCGCCCUGUGUCCACAAUCUGUUUCUGCAUACUGUGCCUGACAGAGCAGAGGUAAGGAAAGAGGACGGAAACAUGAAACUCUGCAUGGCUUUAUUCGUUUGUGUGGCAGUCCUGACUGCAUGGUUCUUUACUGCAGAUGCCAAGGAGUUAUUCAUCACAACCAUAAAGGAUGAACCAUAUGCCAUGAGCAAGGGCUCUGAGCUAGAAGGCUACUGCAUUGAUCUGAUCUCAGAGCUCUCCAAGAAGCUAGGCUUCAAGUACAACUUGCAUCUGGUCAAAGACAACCGCUAUGGCGCCAUGGACUCCAGCGGCAACUGGAAUGGCAUGAUUGGUGAAGUCAUCAGAGGGGAGGCUGACCUGGCUGUGGCCCCGCUGACUGUCACUGCCGUCAGAGAGAGGUUUGUGGACAUGACCACCCCCUUCAUUCAAACUGGCCUCAGCUUCAUUUUGCGCGAAGCAACAGACCCUGAAGACAGCACGUUCAGCCUGCUGGCACCCUUCUCCACUGACAUGUGGAUUGGCAUUAUCAUUGCCUUCCUGCUAACAGGUUUCUGCAUAUUCCUGGUGGGCAGGAUCAGUCCCAGUGAAUGGGCUGAGCCAGACACAGAAGAACACAGUUUCACUUUGCUGCACAGCUUCUGGUACAUUACAGGAGCUCUCACCCUGCAAGGAGCCGGUCCUCACCCCAAGGCAUUGUCUGGACGUGUAGUCAGUGCCAUCUGGUGGCUGUUUUCUGUAUUGCUGCUUGCCUGCUACCUCUGCAACUUAAAGUCUGCGUUGAACUCCAACAGCAAACACAUCUCCAUUAAGAGCUUUGCAGACCUGGCUAACCAGGAUGUAAUCAAUUACGGCACAAUUGAAUCUGGAUCUACUAUGCUCUUCUUUAAGAAUUCCAACAAUCCUGUGUACCGGCGUAUCUACCAGCACAUGGAGCGUAAAAAAAGCUAUGUGUCCAACGCAGAAGAAGGUAUACGCCGCACACAGGAAGGAAACUUUGCAUUUAUUGGUGAAGCAGUGUCCUUGGACUUGGCAGUGGCUCGGUACUGUAAACUGACCCGUUCACCAGAGGUCAUCUCUAUGCGGUCCUACGCCAUAGCAGCACCUCUAGGAUCCCCGCUGGUGAAGAAUCUAACUGUUGCCAUCCUCCAGCUCAGUGAGUCUGGUGAGCUAACAUACCUGCGUGAGAAGUGGUGGGCCAGCAGCUGUGUUGGCACUGGUGGAGCCCACAUCUCCGAGGCCCUGCAACCCUAUGACUUACGGGGCCUGUUCCUCCUCCUGGGACUGGGUCUGGGCAUCGGGCUCCUGCUAGCCCUGCUGGAGCUCUUAUCAAGGGCCCACAACCAAGCUAAGGAUGGCAAGAAAUCCUGCUGCUUGGUGUUGACAUCAGAGCUGAACCGGAGGUUUGGCAGUGGAGGGGAGAGCACAGAGCACGACACCUCAGACAAAAGCAAAGCCUAAAGAAGAAGCACCACGUUGUCAUUCGAUAAGAUAGUGUUAGAGAAGUGAACAAGCUGAGAGCUUUCUGUAUUUCCGUAGUAACAGUCGCAUAUUGUGUUGUAUUUCAGUGGGUUUUAUACUUUGGUGCCCAGUUUGAACAACUACCAGCAGCAGUAUAUUAAGCACCAAACCCACAGGUAUAUUUCAGACUUAAUAUUAUAAUCAGUCUGUCUUGUUAGCUGUUUAGCGUUGUUUUAUUAUCACAUAUUUACAUCUCACUUCUAACACCUGAAGUUCUUCUGUCACAGUUGUAACCUGGUCUUACUAUUUGCUUGUAUAUUCCAAAUAAAUACUCCAAUAUCCUGCCUG